AAUCGAUUCGGUCGCAUGGCGUCCGAAGACAAUCACGAUUGGAUGAGUGAGAUCUCACGGGGCCAGGUAUACAAGCAUCAGUAUUGGCGUCGGCUGGGGCGGCGGCGAUGGAGGCUUCGCGACUGACAAUGUCGAUGGAAGAAAGGUGUUCGGCACGACGCAUCGCGGAAAAGCAAGCUUUAUUGCCCCCCUUUAGUCCUGAUUAUGACAGUGGUUGCAAUAUUGGCGGCGCGAAUAAUAGUAGUGAUGAGACUCCGUCUUUGAUGGUCAAGAUUGUCUCGGCUUCGUACGGUCCUUGUGAAGGAAAGCGCUUGCUGACGGGCGAACUCAGCAACGACACGGCAACGGGUAUUCCAUUUACCCGCGAUGUGACACCCUUUUUACGAGCCCUGCUGCUCGCCCAACAACAUCCAAAGGACUCAGGUCCCGGCAGCAAUUUUGAUUUUGCAAAUGGUACCAUUCGCUUGGAUGCGCUGAGAAACGGGAUGAAACGAUCCAACGUCCGAGUACUUUUGGGAGAUGCCGAUACUACUACUGGCAGCACCUCCGAUCCGCAUAAUGGAGAACAAUCAUUAGAGAAUGGGAACACGAGGACACAGUCCAUGAAUGCUGUUUUUGGCGACCCUUGUCCGGGUGUUUCCAAACGAUUGCACGUUCAUUACUGUGUUGCCGAGGCAUCGGCUAACAAGUCAGCGAGGUUGGCGUCGACCGAAUGGCAUGAUGAAAGUUUUGCCGAACAUGAAGCGGUCGUGCUGAAACGCCGAAUUUCUUGUGAGAUGGUUGACUCGCACUUCCGAUACGCUGCUGUGCGGACCUUGGCUAAAGAGCAGCACCAAAAGCAAUUGUUGUCGCCGCUUUUAGAGCUUACGAGCAAAGACAAUGAGCUUGAUGACCAAACAACACUUUUGCAGGCUCGACGAAUGGGUCGAGCCCAAUCCAUGACGGAGUUUGCCGAAGACCUUCUGAGCUCGUAUAUACAAUUUGCAUCGACAAUGAGCUCGAAUGAAAGUGAGAAGGCUACCGGAGCAUCCGAAGCUUCUAACGGAGUCGUACUUGACAAAUGCUGGUCUACGUCGUCGCGAGUGACCUCUCUUCCUCCAAAUUUAAAGGUUCGGCCAAAGCCGCGACAAUGGCGACUACGGUCAGCCGUUUCCGAAAUUGUCCUACCCAUUGUGAUGCCUUUUUUGGAAGUACGGGAACGUGUCCAUUGUCAACGAGUCUGCCAUGGUUGGCGUUGCACGAUUCGCGAAUGGGGUGUCGCCACAACAAUUGAUAACAACGACUCUGCAUUUCCCUACUUUACCCGCACGCUCCUCAAGGGACUAUUAACAAAUUCAUAUUCAUCACUUGAAUGUCUCUUUUUGAGUGGCUUUGCGGAUCUGGAACCCGACGAUUUGCACCGAGCCAUUCCUUUCCUACGCAAAUUGAGGUCAAUAGAUAUAUCCUGGUGUGUCCGUCUAAACAACGAAACAAUGAGCUCAUUGGCGACAUUCGCACACGAUACAUUACGAGUGCUGUACAUGAAAGGUGUGCGAAAAGUAGAUGAUUCUGGAAUUAGUCAGAUUUGUCGGCAAUGCCACAAACUUCAAGUUUUGGACGUUUCGAAUUUGCCUUUGACGGAUGUUUCCGGGUUGGCAAUCGGGCGGCACUUGAAGGAACUGAGGGCGUUGUACAUGAGGGACAAUUACAAAUUGACGAAUGCUAGUCUAGAUGCUAUAACCCAGCAUUGCACGCGGCUAGAGCAAUUGACGCUAUGGGGAUUGAACCGAAUCAAGCACUUGAGGCUGCCCGAAUUGUGGACGUUAGAAAAUAGUCCGACGAUUCCGCUACUGUAUGACGGUGUUAACAGCGGAUCCCCUGAUGGAAGUCGACUUGUCAUGCUCAAUCUGUGGGGAUGUCACAGCUUGCGCGACGAUGCCGCAGAUGCCUUAGUUGGCAUGCAUCGCUUGCGGUCGCUGAUUGUAAGCGAAUGUCACCGCUUGACUGACACUUUUGUGUUUUCGAUUGUCCGAUUUGUUCCCGAAUUGCAGCAUUUGUAUUUGAGGUAUUGUAAAAAGCUGACUGACGCGAGCAUUCAAGCAAUUACCCACGGCGUGCCAAAUUUGUAUUCCUUAGAUCUUAGCUUUUGCACAAAACUCUCAUCCGGAGCCAUAUAUGCCAUGCUCAAAGCUCGAGGCAGCACACUGGCUGAGCUCCGGCUUCAAUCCUGCCGUCUACUGAACAUUGCUCACCAUCCUGAUCUUCCUGUCCCGGAAGAGGGCAACAACAACCUAGCAGGUAGACAAAUUCUAAAUGCUUUGCGAUAUCACGGUGAGGGGUCUUCUUUGUCGGUUUUGGAUGUAAGGGGCUGCGCUGGGCAGCCCGACAUCGCCACACCCUAUCAUCAAACUGAUCCUUUUGUCUUAGGGAUGGAGCGUCUUGAGUUUCGCCAGGCUGUGCCUGGUUUUUUCCGCCGGCCAGCGCGCUGGAAUCGUAACAUUGAGAGUCGCUUGGUUCAACAAGUUCAAGCAUUGGAUCGGACAAUUGCUUCAAUUUCCCAAAGUGAUGAAAGCAAAUAA